UAAAAUAUUGUGAAUUCAGUUCCACAGUUUCUUUGUAAAAAAAACAACAACAAUUUUCAAAUAAAAAAGAAUGAAUAGACUAAAUAUGAUAAUGAGUCGUUCAAUUCUCAGUAUAUUCAUUAUACUGCUAGUUUCCAUUACCCAUACAAAAUGUAUGCCGAGCAUAGUAGGUGGUAAAAUACUCAUCCCAGUAUCAUUUGGUGCUUAUGCUUAUAUGGAUUAUCCACUCAUUGCAAUAUGGUCAGGAAGUGUUUAUGGACCUUACAGGAAAUCAUUUUAUUAUGAUAAAUAUAACAAAUGGCAUGAUUUUUACUAUCAUUCUGAUUAUGAUUCCCAAUCGCUAGUACCUAGUCAAUACAGUUCAUUAUCUUCAUCAUUACCAUACAAUCAUUAUGAAGAUAAGUAUAAUAAUGAAGUAUUGGGAGAUGAACUACGGAUAGGAGAUUCAUAUUAUUAUGAUAAGAAUGAGAAUAAUAUCAUUUCACAUGUCGAUCAAAAAUAUGAUCAAAGUUAUAAAAAUGACGAUUAUCAACCAUCUGUUCAUGAUGAUAUUCAAAAAACUUCACGAGAUCAUAGCACAAUUGAUGAGAACAAAUCAAAUUAUAUGCAUCAUAAAUACAAGCACAAAAAAUCAGAAGUUGAAAAUUCACAUUACAAGAAUCAUUUACACAGAGAAUCUAUGCACAAGCAUAAACCUAAUGUAUAUAAACCAAAGAAGUUUGAAUACAAUGAUCAACACAAAGUAUCCAAGUCAGCUGAUAUGAUUGAUAAGCAUAGGAAAUAUCAUAAUGAUCAACAAGUUGAUUAUGAUUCAAAAGAAUCUAAUAAUCAUCAUCAUCAUCAUCAUGUUCAUGAUCAUCGAACUCGAUCAUCGAAUAAUGACAAUGAAGAUGAAAUUACACAGUUGAAAUAUUAUUAUGACCGAUUUAUUGAUGGUUUGAAUAGACCAAACUAUAUUGAUAAAUAUCAUAACUAUAAAAAUCCUAGACAUAUUCACAAAUAUCCAAAGAAUGAUGAUAUUCAUAAAAAGUCAAAUGAUGUAUAUGAAACUAGGGAAUCAAAACAUUUCCAUGAAAAACAUCCAGAGGAAAUGAAUGAUAAACAAUAUGAAAAAAAACCAAAACCUAGUGAUACAGAUAAUAAUGAUAUUAGAAGAAGGGAUCAUCAUUAUAAUGAGGAAAUAAAUAGAAAAAAGUUGAAACAUGAAAUACCUAGAUCAAAAGGAGAAAAUGAAAAAUAUCAAGAACCAGUUGAAAAAGAAACAGACGAAUAUGAUCAAAGUAGAGUUAGUGUAAUUAAAGUAAUCAAUGAAUACACAUAAGUAUGAUAAAAACGAAUGAAUAGAAGAAUAUAAUGAUGAUUUAAUUCUAAAAACAAUAAUUCAAUGUUAUGAUAAGAUUAUUUAGCUAACUUUUUGACAAUUUUUUUUUCAUGAAUUAUUGGUUAAUCAUUACAAAAAAAAAUUUUGUUUUAAACAAUGAAAGUCAAUAAAAAGUAUAAUAAUGUUUGCAUCAAAACUUAUUUCUCUUGACUUAUUUUAAUUUGAGAUUCAAUUCAUUACGUGUAAUUUUCUAACAAAUAACUAGUAGAAUUAUAAAUAAAAGAAAAUGAAAUAAAAUUAAGAUUGAUUAAUAAA